CGAAUCCAACACACGCCGCACACAUUAACCCCAUAGAGAGAGGAGUUUGAGAAGAGUGGUUGAGGACUCAUGACCAAGAUAAUCAGAGAGAGAAGAGUGAGCGUGUUUGGUUGAGGUGCAUCACAUCUUGUCCAGGGAUCUUGAAUUGCCUUGCUUCUAGUAUGGAUUUGUCCAUGACAUCAUUGCUGCUAUCAUCAUCAGAGUGUCUACCUGCCUCAAACAUAUUUUCAACUUCUAUGUGUUGGGAUGGAAGGUUCAAAGUGUCUACUAGCAUAGCCAAGCCCUUUUCAGUUUUCCAGGAUCCAUCUUUCCCUUUGCCACUGCCCCCUGUAUCCUUGCCGGAGGGACCUUUUCCGGUGGGUUGAACAAUCUAAGUAUGGCUAUGAUGUUCAUUAGAGUGCCCAAGAUGAUUACACUGAUUGUAGAAUUGGGGCUUCUCUUCAUAACUACAGUUUGUAUUUAUACCCUUACCCCCCAUUCUGAUGUGUAACUUUUUUGGGGUAGGUGCAGAGAUAUCCAUCUCCACACAAAUCCUUGUCCCCUCCCUUUUAUCCCUAUUUAUAGUGUAAUCAUCUAAUUUAACAAGUCUACCCAACAAUGGUGCAAUUCAUAAAAGCAGCGGAAGAUUGUCCAAUGUAACCCAGACUCGGAAAAUUG